AUGAUCACGCCGCGGUUCUCUUGCAGCCAGACAGAGGGAGAGAUCAUUGUGUCCAUCUACUGCCCCUCAAUUCGGGCUUCAGAGGUGGAAAUACACGUCGAUGAGACUGUGUUCAUCGCCCAUGUCAACCCUUAUUUUUUGCGAUUGAAUUUCUCUCACCCAGUGGUUGAGGACGAUGAAAGCGCUGCCAAAUACGACCCUAGCUCUGGCUAUCUGACGGUCACCUUAACCAAGGCUGUGAAGGGUCAAGAGUUCCGGGAUUUGGAUCUAUUGGCAAAGCUCCUGGCGCCCCGGCCUACAAAGCAGACGCCUCAGAUAGAAGUGAUAUCAUCAGAUACGGUAGACGAUGAUCUAGCAGAAAAGGCAGAAAGCCUUUCCUUAGAAGAUCAAGAGAUUCUGAAGGCGGCUGAAAAUGACUGGCAGCUUCCUCAAAACGUGCCAGAUUCUGAUCCACCGCUGAAAUUGGGUCUCGACGUGCAAUAUGGAUUCUUGGACAUGUACACGGGCUAUUUCAGAAACGUCGGCCAUACCGAGAACGAAGUCAAUGAACUCGGCGGUGAUGCAGAGGGAAUCUUUCCCGCUCAGCGACGUAUUCUACGCAGAGAGCACGAAAACAAGAAAUGGAACGAAGAGCACUAUAUGGCAGACUUUGUGGACGACUAUCUCCAGGAUUUGAUCACUUGGAGGCACCCCUACGCUGAGGACACAAAACCUUUUGAAUUUACUGAAGACGAGAAUGCGACGAUGUUGAGGCUACCACGGAAAGAAUAUCUGUCAACACCCGUACAAAAUCAUAACCUUUAUCUAACUCUCAUUUCGAUACUGUUUUCUUAUGCCUACGAAACUCGUACGACGCAAGGUGAUCCCGGACCCGAAAGCGCCUGGACGGUCUGCAAUCUUACGCCCGCAUUCUCUGCAUUGGAUUCCGCCCCGUAUCACGACGAGGAGUCCCUGGAUAUAUCCCGAUACUCCGAUUCAGUGCUACAGGCCACAUUUCGUGAAUCAUACAGACGAUCUUUGGCGUUUCCCCUCUUUCGGUCCUUUGCCUUGGCUGAGGCCUGUAGACGGGAUGUCAGCGACUGGCUUAUCAAAGGCAAGCGCGUGGUAUUUAGGUGUCUGCUGAAUAUCAAGCGUAUUUUGGAUCUCCACGAGGUUUAUUAUGUCUACAGCAAGGUGUGGGUGGAUGAUUUCUGUGUGUGGGUCCAGUCGUCCGCAAGCGAAGAUAUCCUCCUGCAGUUAGGAAAACAAGUAAAGGAACUGACGGUACCCAAGUCAAUCAUUGGUUGGGAUCUCGAAGAGUUGGAGAAAGCGAUAUAUGCAGCGCAAGAAAGAGAGGCUGAUAGCGACGACGAAUCUAGUGAUGGCGAAUCCAGCGACAACGAGUCUGAUUGA